AUGGCCGUUGUCGAGAACAUUAGCUGGUCCGAAUUGCUGAGGAAGCCCAUUGUCACAGCCCAGCAUGGUAAUGACGGCAACCGAAUUGCCACGGCAACCGAGCUUUUAUCCAACAGUGCUCAAUUUGAUACAGCGUUACGUGAUGCAGCAGCCAUAAGGACCCUAUUACCAGUAUCAGGUCUUGGAUACCUAUGUGCAGGAGAUGUGUAUUGUCAACAAGGACACCAUUCCGCAGCCAUUUCCAUAUACGAUCAAGGACUUGAAACCGUGCCUGAAUCGGAUCCAUAUUACCAACAGCUUCAGCAACAUCGAAUGGCAGCAGUAGCUAACAACGACAAACGCGUGGAUUUUAUCAGCCGGUUGCCAUUGGAUAUUGUAAUCACCAACAUUGUACCAAGGAUGGAGCGGGUUUUAUCAUCACGAGCAUUGCACGAACCUCUUUAUGUAUCACGUACCUGGCAGGAGCGUAUCUUGCAGCAACCUAAUGGCUUACGAUUCAACUCUGGCAGAGAAACCAACACCUUCAAAAAGGGCCAUGUGCAGCUUAUCCGAUUUGCACCCCAUGUUCAAACCUUGUAUGUUUCUCUCUUGGACGUUCGUUUCGAUGAUCUCUUUUGCCAAGCACAUUUUUCCAGAUUAAAAGAGCUGUUUUUAGAAUGUGAUCGUACAACGCCCCACCUCCCAGUGAUCCAUGGUCUGCAAAUGAUUGCUGAUUCCCUGACACACUUGACCAUGUUUGGGUGCCGCGGCCUUCAAUUACGUGAUAUCCUGGAGACAUGUCCCAAUCUUGUAUUCCUUAAAGCAACACAUGGUAGAGCUAUUUUGCCUCUAUCGCCUUCGUCGAUUUAUCCCAAGAUGAAGCAUCUUGCACUUCACCGACGCUUAAAACGCCCACGCAAACAUGAGGAUAUGGUCGAUGUCAUAAGACGAUUUCCUUCCUUACGUAUGCUGGAACUUACGCCGAUGGCCGAAUCCAGUCUCUUGCCUCUCCUACACAAGCAUUGUCCUUAUUUGCUGGCCGUUGUUUUCGAAAACUCAUGCCGCAUCUUUUAUCGAGUUACAGAAAUUGUCUAUCCAAAUCGAAAAGGGAUCGAAACAGUAUAUCUAGAAGGCUGCAACUUUUAUAAGCAAGAUGACCUGAUUCAGUUCCUACAUCCGCAAAGAGAUUCAUUACAGCUCUUCCAGUUUCAUGGAGAUAUUGAGAUCAAUGAUAAUGCGUCUUGGGCAAUAUGGAAUGGACAUGUUCAGCAUCAUCAUCAUCAACAACAACAGCCUCCUGAUUACAGCCCGUCAUUUCCGCAACUGAUGGAUUUUCAUCUUACAAAUAUCCAUCCAUCCACUACAGGUGUGCCUAUGACACUGUGGAUCCUAUUAAAUGCACACAAUCUCGCCACCAUCCAUAUCCAUGAUACCUAUUUUCGACCUAACAUUGUCAACGCUAUGAUCAAGUUGAAUCAUCUCCAAAAAGUGCAUAUCGAUGUUGUAUCCAACGAGAACGACGAUAGCAUUCACCAGUUUUUGGGGCACCAUAUUGCGCUAGGAAAUCGCUCAACGCUCAAGGAUGUGAUUGUGGAAACGACGCAUAUCGAGAUUUCUGCAAAGCCGUGGAUGCCUUUACUUUCAAAAUUGCCGCGUCUCAAGAACCUGGAAUUACUUGCUGCAGCCAUUUCAGAAAAUUGCAUCCCUCUCAUGGAGGAGAUAGGUCAAGGGUGUCCCGCUCUCGAAAAUUUAAUUCUCGGCAUGGAUGGUGCAGAGUUGGCUGAUGGCCUCUUGCCGCCUUUACGCAGGCAUCCGAAUCUCAAAUGGCUCAAGAUUGGAGCAGAUGAACCUUUAUCCAACCACGACCUUAUGGCUUUAUGUACAUUCCGUAGCCUAAAAGAACUCAUACUUCUAUUCACUAUUACAGAAGUUGAUUUGCUUGAGAUGUUAAAUGACCAUAUCCCCAUUGUCGAGAUUGAAAUUGAUGAUAAUGAAUAA